UAUGUUGAGAUCCACCGGUUUCUUCCGAGGGAUUGACUGCCCGUUUUACUCUGAGAACUAUAACGGGAAGCUCGGUAAAAAUGGGUGCAACAGACCCUACUGUCACUUCAGACACAGCAAACAUGGACCUGCGUCUUAUGCUCUGCAGGAUAUCAGAAAAUCGAAAGAGGUCUUAACUGAUCCAAACGAUCAAGGCUAUGAUCCAUACAACCCAGAGGUAGUGAGACCAGAGGACCAAUACAAUGGGGAGUCUUCGUCAGACCUGGCGACCAGCACGGGUGUGGAUUUGGGUUCCAUGGAGCUCGAACAGGUCAACCGUGCUAUCGAGGCUGUCCGCAACGAGGUGGAGAGAGAGAAAAAGAAGCUGUCUCAAAUCGGGGAUCAAAAGUAUGAACCCACCAGCGCUCCCGUUAAAGCGGGAUCUAAGACGCACGCCCAGUCCCAUCAGGGGUACGACCCAGGAAGUUAUCAAAUGGCCCAAGCCAGUGAUUACAACCCCACACCUUGCUCCAGCAAAUAUACUUUGGACUCUGAAAGCCAGGGCAGCAACAGUAACUCAAUGGAGUACGUGCCCACAGCUGUUACCAAGACAGCUGUAAAAAAGCCUGCUGUUCCUCAGAAUUCUCGUGCUGUGUCACGUUCCUCCAGUCCCCAGAACUCUGCUUCGAAAUCAAAGUACACACUGGACAACGCCAAGCCUCCAACCGACAUGGAGUACGACCCUCUUUCCAAUUUCUCUGCUAAACCAGCCAUGAAGGGUAAUAAGGACAGGAAGCUGUCCUUAGAGGGAGAGGGUCAGAAGAGACGUCUUUCCACAGAGAAAGCGAAGCGGGCGACGGAGGAGGAGUACGUGCCGACCGCAAAGAAGCCGCGGCAGGCGCAUCCCGCCGACGCCCCAAAGUACACCCUGAGUCUCUCCGAAUCCGACGAGGAAAGCUCCGGAACGGAGUACCGACCCACCUCCUUGAGUCGCCUGCAGCGUAGGAAAAGCAGCACAGAAUCGACGGAGGAGAAUUUGAAGAAAACGGCGGGAAGGGCUGUCGCGUCUUUACCAAAGCACCAGAGAAAUCAGGAUUACAAGCCAGAUUAUAGCUCGUCAGACGGUGACGGCGAAGAUUUUAAGACGCAGGAUGGCGGUAAAGAAGCGACUGAAAGAAUCGGCCAGCCGAAGACGAGCAAAACAGAAAGAGCGAAAAAAGAAGAAAAGGACUCUUCUAGAAAAAGCGACAAGAAAAACAGUAGCGGUGGGGACCAGUCAGUGAAGAGAUUAAAUCAGGACGGUACCAAGAAAGAUAAAGGUCAUACGAAAAACACAGAGGAAAAGAACAAAUUGAAAGAAAAGUCUACGGAAAACGUCAGGAAAGAAGGAAAAGAGGCGAAAAUCGGCGACGGCAAGAGCGCGAAGGCCGAGAGAUUAAAAGGAGACCACGGCCAUAGGGAGAAAGAAAAAAUGAAAAGUGACUCUAAAAAGCCCAAGACGACAGACAAGGGUGAAAAAGAAUCUUCCAAGUCCAAAGACCAAAGAAACGGGAAACACGACAGCGGCGGAAGAGAAAAAGAGAAGAAGAGAAGCAGCCAAGGGGGGGGCGGCACCGGUGGAGGUGGCAGCAGCAGCAGCAACAGCAGCAAAGAGAGAAGCAAGAAGAGCAGCUCGGGGCUGGAAAGCAGAGGGGCCAACCCCGAGAAAACCAAACAGAGGUCCCUGAGUCACGUCGACCUGUUCGGGGACGAGAGCGGGGAGGAAGAUGAUCAGCUGGUGAGGAAGUCAGCGUCGGCUUUCAAAAGAGGAAGCUUGAUAAACAACAAGAGGAAAGCUUCCGAGGUCACGGCCUCCUCCUCAGAGGAUGGAGGUUCUGAACACGACAGAGAGGAUCGCGACGCCGACGAAGAUGAUGACGAUGUCGACGUCGAUGAAGGCGGCGUGGACUACUCCCGGCUGCAGGACGAAAUGGGCUAUGACUCCGACCCUAUGGAGGAAUGUCUGAGAAUCUUUAACGAAUCCAGGGACGUGAAAACUGAAGACAAAGGCAGACAAGCCAAACAGAAGGAGCCGGAAGAAGACAAAGAGACAGAGAGCACUUUAACCACUCUCUUCCCAGGCCAGAAAAAGAGAGUGUCCCACUUCAAGGCCAAAGGAAGUACCGAAACGACACGGAACCCCGUGGCCCUUCCCCAGCGGAGGUUAACCGCACAGGAGAUCUGUUACCAGCGCAUGCGCAUAGCGCAGCAGCAGGCUGCGCAGCUGGCCGAGGCGGUAAAGACCGCGACCCCGGCGGUGAGUCCCGCCUCCAGUUUCCCGGGAGAGAAAAGAAGAGUUGCACACCGGCCUAACGCUCUAGCUUCUUCAAAACCUGGUCUGGCUGAUUCCAAAAAGUCUGGCAGUCAGGGGUUAGCGUCUACAAAGGCAGCGUCGGGUCAGCUGUCUGUGAGGGCACACACUUCUGCAGGAAUUCUCUCAAAGACUACGUCCACCGCAGUCCAGAAGAGAGUAGCCCAUACACCCACUCUGAAGAGCUCUUCAAUGAAGCGACCCGUCAUCCCCGCAGAGUUUGGGGCUAAGGUGCCCACAAACAUUCGGCAGAGAUAUCUCAACAUCUUCAUAGACGAGUGUCUGAAAUUCUGCCCGUCUGAAGAAGUGGCUUUUCAAAUGGCUUUGGAUGAGGAGAAGGUUGUGUAUGACAGAAGCAGCAGUAAAAAUAUUUAUCUGAACGUGGCGGUGAACACGCUGAAAAAACUACGCAGCAAGAGCAGCGCCUCUCCCUCGCCUAAGACAAAGAGCCCGGUGACAGCGGUGAACAGGAAGGCGCAGUCGCACGAGGACGUGCUUGGAGGACGUCUGGCCGCUAAGACCAGCUUCACGGUCAAUCGCACAGGGAAGCAGCAGGAGCUAGAGCUCAGAGGUGCCAAUCUGUACCGAAAGCUGAAGGAGUACGUAAUGACGGAGGAGCAGCUGCAGGAGCACGGUUACCCCAGGCCCCACCCCGAUCGCCCGGGCCGCGCCCUCAUUUAUAACGUCCCCGAGAAAAAGAACCCCGACCCCUUCUGUAAAGUGUGCUGUCGAUGUGGGGCUGAGUAUAAAAUCAACGCCAACGGCAGCUGUGUCCGAAAGGAAGAGUGUCAUCAUCACUGGGGGCGACUACGACGUUACAGAGUGCCUGGAGGUUGGGAGACCCAGUACAACUGCUGCUCUGGUUCAGUGGGCUCACUAGGCUGUCAGGUGGCUAAGCAACAUGUGCAGGAUGGGAGAAAAGAGUCUUUAGACGGCUAUGUGAAAACCUUCAGCAAAUCGUUACCGGCUGACGGUAACGGCGGCGUCUAUGCCUUGGACUGUGAGAUGUGCUACACAAAACAAGGCCUGGAGCUAACCAGAGUUACGGUCAUUAACUCUGACCUCAAAGUCAUUUAUGACACGUUCGUAAAGCCCGAAAGUAAAAUAGUGGAUUACAACACAAGGUUUUCGGGCGUGACUGAAGAAGACUUAGAAAACACCACCAUCACUCUGCGUGAUGUGCAAGCCGUGUUGUUGAACAUGUUCAGUGCUGAGUCCAUUCUGAUUGGACACAGUCUGGAGAGUGAUCUCUUUGCCCUCAAGCUCCUACACAGCACGAUUGUGGACACAGCCAUCGUCUUCCCUCAUCGGCUGGGCUUGCCCUACAAACGAGCCUUACGCAACCUCAUGGCAGACUACCUCAAACGCAUCAUCCAGGACAACGUCGAGGGGCACGACUCGAGCGAAGACGCCAGCGCUUGCAUGGAACUCAUGAUGUGGAAGAUCCGGGAAGAUGCCAAGGUCAAGAGAUGACCUCUGACCUCUCUGUUCUCUCUCUCUCGCUCUCUCCACCUGUGUCGCUGUAGACAGAUACAGACUGAAAAAAAGAGAGAGA